GAACCAGAUACGUCACUGGUGCUUACUGAUUACAGUUUCAGUUCCAAAGAUGAGAACUUUGAGCUCCCAAUUAUACUCCAAUGGUGGUCUCACUUGGUUCCAGAAGAAGAAUCAGAGCUCUCUGUUCAUCAAGCAUCUCAGAGUCUCUAAACCAUCGAGGGUUCAGCUCAUAUCUGCUGUUCAAUUCCGUCCGUGCAUCGAUAUUCAUAAGGGAAAAGUGAAACAGAUAGUUGGAUCCACACUUCGUGACUUGAAAGAGGAUGGUUCAGUUCUCGUUACGAAUUUUGAAUCGGAUAAGUCUGCGGAAGAGUAUGCAAAGAUGUACAAAGAAGAUGGGCUUACGGGUGGUCAUGUGAUAAUGCUUGGAGCAGACCCUUUAAGCCAAGCUGCAGCUAUUGGAGCAUUACAUGCUUAUCCUGGCGGUUUGCAAGUUGGAGGUGGAAUCAAUUCUGAGAAUUGCAUGAGUUAUAUUGAGGAGGGAGCAAGCCAUGUCAUUGUCACUUCGUAUGUAUUUAACAAUGGAAAGAUUGAUCUUGAAAGACUCAAAGAUAUUGUGAGCAUUGUUGGGAAACAAAGACUGAUAUUGGACCUUAGCUGCAGAAAGAAGGAUGGAAGAUACGCAAUUGUUACUGAUAGAUGGCAGAAGUUCAGCGACGUCAUCCUUGACGAGAAAUCAUUGGAGUUUCUUGGAGGAUUUUCAGAUGAGUUUCUGGUGCAUGGCGUAGACGUUGAAGGAAAGAAGCUAGGGAUCGAUGAAGAGCUUGUAGCAUUGCUUGGCAACUACUCUCCGAUUCCAGUAACUUAUGCGGGAGGUGUGACGGUAAUGGAUGAUGUAGAGAGGAUCAAGGACGCAGGAAAGGGACGUGUAGAUGUAACAGUGGGAAGUGCCUUAGACAUUUUCGGGGGAAAUCUUCCAUACAAAGACGUCGUCGCUUGGCAUCACAAGCAGCACUCACUCCAUUGAUAUCGCCAUUUUCACCUUUGCUCAUCUUUUUUAUUUGCAUUACCCCAAACCUUAAGCUUCAAUAUUUGCAACAUUAAUCUUCAGCUUUAAACUUUUGUGCUUCUUUCUAAACUCUUCAAGAAUUUGUCAAUUUUGAAUAUUUUUUCGAUUAAUCAAGUUUAUGGUUUGGUUUGACUACUACUCA